AAUUAUAAAUAAUAAAAAAGAUGAUUCAUUCAGAUACUAUUCCUGACGAGGAAAGUGCAUUCCAAACGCCGGAGCACGAGAACGAGACCGACUAUGGAUUAGAAUUUACCACUAGCCGUUUGGCAGAAUUAAACGCAUUUCCUCGAAGAUGUUCAACGCUGCGCAAGAACUCUUCACGAAACCGUGCUCAAAAGAUCACAAUAGAUAAUGACAGCAGCGAUGAAGAAAACUUAUCACCGAUAGCAGCUCCUAGUAGGCAACGCCAACAAGCAUCAGUAUCCAACAAACAUAAGCCAAAGCAGCCGCCAGCAACCGCAAAGCCGUCGAGACGCAAAAAAAAUGUUCCAGAGCAUCGUUUGAAAAAACUACACCGUGAAAUCGAAGGUUUACAAAAGCACCAGGGAUUUUUGAUACCCCGAUUAGCGUUUUCACGCCUGUUGCGUGAAAUUCUGAUACAACAUUCAAAAAUUCCAUUCAAAAUAACCACGGGCGCCCUGGAGGCUGUGCAGACCGCAACCGAGAUGUAUUUAACGCAGCGCUUUCAAGAUGCUUACUUGCUAACGCAAUAUCGCAGUCGGGUCACUUUAGAGGUUCGCGACAUGGCACUAGUCGCAUAUUUCUGCAAAACCUACGGAAAUCUCUGACGCAACUUUUAGAACGAUGUGUACAUACAUACAUAUGAAUUGAUUUUUUAUUUGCAAACGUUUAUCAAUAAGUAUUGAAAUUCAUAUAAUUUUGUGAAAAAAUAACCGUUUAUGAAUUCCAAUAGUUUCUAUUGCUCAAGAUUUAUUUCUUUAUUUGAAUACAACAAAUUUUGUUAAA